AUGCAGUGCAGAUACAUGUGGCCUCGAACCAGAGCAACUCACAGUCGGGCGAGUGGCCUGUACUUCUUCCUCUUUAUUCAGGAUUCUGAAUCCCUUGGUGACAAUAGUUUGUGUCAUACAGAACAGAUUUUUUUCCAAGCUAAACUUGGGCUGGGUUUGAGUUCUGGUUCUGUUACCAGCUGUGUGACCUGGUGCACUAAGGUUUGUCCCUUGGACAUGAAUGAAACCCUUCAGAACUGGUGUAGCCUCCGCCUUGUCCUGCCUGAAUGUAAUGACUCCAGGGGUAAGGUGGGGCUUACUAACGGGUUUCUUACAUUUAUAGACUCUGGCUGUGUAGAGCGGAGCUGA